AUGGCGUUUGUACCCAUCAGAGAUGGAGAAUAUACAAGUACAAUAUAUGGAAUGGUAAGUAAAGAGGUCCGAAAAGGUAAAAUUAUGUAGAAAAUGUUGUUUAAAAUAAUGGAAAUUGGUUUUAUAGUGCCAUAAAUGGCAAGAACUUUCUUUACAAACCCAAAAAUGGCAAGAACUUUCUCUACAAAUUAAAAAUGGCAUGACCUUUCUUUACAAGCCAAGAAAUGGCAAUAACUUUCUUUACAAAACAAAAAAUCGCAAGAACUUUCUUUACAAACUCAAUAACGGCAAGAACUUUCUUUACAAAACAAAAAAUAGCAAGAACUUUCUUUACAAAACAAAAAAUGGCAAGAACUUUCUUUACAAAACAAAAAAUCGCAAGAACUUUCUUUACAAACUCAAUAACGGCAAGAACUUUCUUUACAAAACAAAAAAUGGCAAGAACUUUCUUUACAAAAAAAAAUGGCAAGAACUUUCUUUACAACACAAAAAAAAGCCAGAACGUUCUUUACAAUAGACUUUCAAAAAAAAAUAGUUUAGAUCCGUGACAACCGCUUUGCUGAUGCUAUGAGAGUACUACAGUACGAGUUACAACGAAUGCCUAAUGUGAGUUAACUUUUUUUUAUUGUGGGUCAUAACCUUAACUUGAAGUUAAAUUUAAAUUUUUUCAUUUCAGAGUAGAGCAGCCUUAUCACUACUAGGAUAUUGCUACUAUCAUGUCCAAGACUUCUUGAUGGCAGCUGAAGCAUAUGGGAAGUUGUCAGAGCUCUACCCUGAUCACUCUGAAUAUAAGUUGUACCACGCCCAGUGCCUGUACCAUGCUUUUAUGUUCCCUGAAGCUGAAGUUGUGAUUCAAGACGUAAGUUUCCUAGAUUAGAGCCCUAGCCCAGAGACCUAGCCCAAAGCCCUAGUCCAGAGUUCUCGCCCAGAGCCAUAGCCGAGAGCCCUAUCUCAGAGACCUAGCCCAAAAUCCUAGCCCAGAGCCUAUCCCAGAGCCCUAGGCCAGAGCCCUAGCCGAGAGCCCUAGCCCAGAGCCCUAGCUCAUGCUCAUACUCAUACUCGUACUCAUACCCAUGCUCCUACUCGUACUCAUACUGGUACACAUGCUAGUACUCAUACUAGUACUCAUACUGAUACACGUACUCAAAACCAAAAAAUAGAAAUACAGUAACCUACCAUAACUUAUCCCACCAUAUUUUAGAACGCAGACAAUCCAGAAAUCAGUCAGCAACUUCUGAAGCUUGCAGCGGCUAUAAAAUACACAGAGGACGAUGUGAACACGGCCAGACUGCUAGUAGAACAGUACGAUGAUGACGACCCUGAUCAAGAAGUCAACUUGGCCUGUAUUGAUUACAAAAUUGGAGAUUAUGACAAAGCAAUUGAACGGUUUAAAAAUGCCACUUCAGUUCAUGGGUUUCAAGCUGAUUUGGCCUAUUCAUUAGCUUUAUGUCAUUACGAAUUAGGCGAGACCGAACAGACGAUGAGAUAUAUUGCUGACAUUGUGGAGAGGGGUGUUAAGGAUCAUCCUGGUAUGAUUUUAAUUUGAAUUUUAUUGAGGAUUUAGUAUCGUUUUAUGUUUAAAAUGUUAGCUUCAUGGCCACCUGUAAGUUGUUAAGCUUAAUAUUAGGUUACUGACCCUGAACCUAAGUUGCGAAGCCUAAAGUUUAGAUUGAAACUUAAAAUUUGUUACAUAGGCCGAAUGUAUUAUUCGUAAGUCUAAUUUAUAUGAAAGAACUAAUUUUUAGGCUUAAAAUAAACCACAUGCUCAAAAUUCGUUUUUAAAACUAAAAGUUAUUUUUAAGCCUAAACCUCAUUUCUAAGCCUAAAUAAUUAUUUUUUUCAGAACUGGGAGUAGGCACAGUGACAGAUGGAAUUGAAGUCAGAUCAGUCGGCAAUACAAUAAUAUUGAACGAAACCGCUUUAAUUGAAGCUUUUAACCUUCGCUUUGCCAUUGAAUACAAGGCAAAGAAUAUGGAGAAGGCAUCGGCUUGUCUAACUGACAUGCCACCUAGGAGUGAAGAAGAACUCGAUGCGGUAACUCUACAUAACCAAGCCUUGAUGAGUGUGGAGACCAAUUUUGCGGACAGUUUCGCAAAGUUACAGUAUCUUUUGAGUCAGAACCCGUUUCCGCCUGAGACUUUUGCUAAUUUACUUCUACUGUACUGUAAAUAUGAGGUAUGGUCGUGAUCUUUAAUAUUUUUGAUUCGUAAAGAAAGUUCUUGCUAGUUUUUGGUUUUCAAAGUAAAUUCUUACCAUUUUAUGUUUUGUAAAGAAAGUUCUUGCCAUUUUUUAUUUUAUAAAGAAAGCGCUUGCCGUUUUUUGUUUUGUAAAGAAAGUUCUUGCCAUUUCUUGUCCUGUAAAGAUAGUUCUUGCCAUUUUUGUUUACAAACAACAAGUUUUUGCUGCUCGGCAGCCUGCGGGUGACAUAUUAUACGAUGAAACAUAUUGUUUCAGUACUAUGACCUAGCAGCCGACGUACUAGCCGAAAAUGCCCAUCUAACCUACAAGUAUCUAGACCAAUAUAUGUUUGACUAUCUCGACGCAUUAAUUAGUCAACAGUCAUCUCCCACUGAUGCUUAUAGUAAAUUUGAUGCUUUAUCGACCGACGAAUUGGCCAAAUUGAGAAAAGCUCAUCAAAACUUGGCCGAAGCUACAGGUUCGGCUAAUCAAAGAGGCAUGGAGAAGGCUUCUGAAGAGAUUCAGAAUACCAUGGAUAGGUAAGGUAGUUUUACUUUACCUGCCCUACCGUACUUUGCGCUACCCUACCCUACCUUAACCUACCCUACCCUUCUCUAUCUUACCCCACUCUACCCUACGCUUCCCUACACUAUCUUAUUUUACGACACAUUAUAUUAAUACUAUCUUACUGCCCUGCCCAGAUUUAUCUUGCCCUACCCACCCUUCCCAACUGACCUUCUAUGCCCUGUUUUGCCGUGACUGUCCUAUGAUUAUAUAUAUAUAUGAUUUUUUGCCAUUUUAGAUACAUACCAGUCCUAAUGGCCCAAGCUCGAAUAGUAUGGGAGAGAGAAGAGUACAGUAAUGUUGAAAGUUUGUUUUCACGAUCGUACGAUCUGUGUCAAAAUAAUGACACUUGGCUAUUGAAUAUGGCUCACACUGUCUACAUGCAAGUACGUUAUCGUGUCGCUUAGUUGAAUCUAUAUUAACUUUCGCUAACUAUUCUAACUAAGCUAACAUGACACUGCCUUUAAGAUUAAAAAGUUUAUAGCACUAACAUAAAGUUUCGAGUUUCUAAAGUAACUACUAACUUUUACUAACAAUAAUGCUAUUUUUAACUUUAUAUUAAAAUUCAAACCCUACUUUUUAAGCGCUAAAUGGUGAAAUUAAAAAAAACUGUUGUUUUCAAAGCUUUACAUUUUAAAAACGCUUUCAAUGUUUUUAUUAUUAGGUCGUUCACUUAAUUCUGCGCCCCUUUUUAAGAAAAUUUCUGUCAUUAUGGGGCGCAGAAUUAAGUGAACGACCUAAUACCAGAUUGAAUCAAAAAUAGCGGGACACUUUUCAUUUAUUUUUCAAUUAAAAGUGUCCCACUACUUUUGGUUCAACCUUCUAUAAGCUAUAAAUUAUUAUGUUGCCUGUUUUUCAUGCCUUUUCGUUGCAUUUUUUUUUUUUUGAAACUAAAACACAAUAUUUAAAACAUUACAGGCAAUCCGCUUAAAUGGCCGCAAAAAUUCGGAAAAAGACGAAAAAGUUAGUUUUCAUUAUCAAACCCGAGUAUACUUAACUAAAUUUUUAAUUCAAGUUAAGGAUGAACCAAAACUAGCUGGACACUUUUAGUUGAAAAAUAAAUGAAAAGUGCCCCGCUACUUUUGAUUCAAUUUAAUUAUAAAAAGAUAUAACUAAACACAUUAUAUUAACAGAUUAAUUAUAAUAACCUAUUUACAAUUUUGUUAGUAGGUCCUACCAGGGCCGGGCGCAAGGGGGAGGGACAGGGGGGGUACCCCCAACCCCAGAAAAAAAAUUUUUUCGAAAAAAAUUGAACGUGGUCCCGCCUGUGGAUUUUUUCGAAAACAUUUUUUGACCCCCGACCAAAAGUCCUCCCCCCCCCCGGCCUUGGGUCCUACUAUAAAAAAACGAGUGUGAAAUAACUUAUUGUAACAUAAUCAGUUUGAAUGACAAAGACGAUUUUAAAAUUUAAUAUAUAUUUUUAGGAAAAGUACAAAAUAGCAUCAGGGUUCUAUGACAAAGUCAUCAGCAAGAGAUACGAUAAGGUGAGUAAACAAAAAAUGACAAUUCUGAACUAGCCCACCUUACCCUACCCUAACAACCUUAUCAACCCUACCCUACUCUCUCUACCCAACCUGCCUCUAUGUUGCCCUGUCCAAUACAAUUUCCAGAUCCUAGACGUAAGUGCCAUAGUCCUAGCCAAUGCUUGUGUCUGUUACAUACUCGAUGGACUGAAUGAAUCGGCCGAAGACAUGAUGAAGCGAGUCGAAAAAGAAGAAAUGAAGACUCCAAAACAGAAAUCCUUUCAUUUCUGUAUCAUCAACCUUGUCAUUGGCACAUUAUACUGCGCCAAGGGUAAUUAUGAAUUCGGGAUAACUAGGAUUAUUGGCUCUUUGGAGCCGUAUGAGCAAAGAUUAGGCUUGGACACAUGGUACUUUUCGAAACGAUGCAUGUUGGCCAUGUUUGAGCAAAUUUCAAAACAGAUUCUAAUGAUCCGUGACGAGAUUUUGAUGGCUUGUUUGACGUUCUUGGAGCAAUGUGAAGGCAGGUUUAGUAUAUUUUGUUUUGUAAAGAAACUUAUCGCUAUUUUUAGUUUUGGAAAACAAGUUCUUGCCGUUUUUUGCUUUGUAAAGAAAGUUUUUGCCAUUUUUUACCCUUUAAAGAUAGUUAUUGCCAUUUUUCGUAGAUUUAACCCCAUUUACAUUACAGUUAAUGGAAAGAACAUCUCCACCCAUACUGACGGCCUUUUAGUGCAAAGUCAAGUCACAGAUGCUCGUAAAACCGUAGCUUAUGAAGCUCGAAUCCUGAAAUCAAUUUUACUUCGUCUACUCGACUUGUAA